CACCUCAAUACUUUUGUCUGCCAGCUUCGCAGCCGGAUCUGAAGCGAUGCUAGCGAGUUGUUGGGCAGUUUUCGCGCGUUAUUCCCGAGCUCUUUUAUGAUUGGUUCGCAAAUAAGUCAGUUCCAGGGCUCCGGAUGUGCCCGGAAAGAGGCGUUUUCAACAUGGCUGCUCACUGUUUACUCGACCUCGUACAUGGCAUCUAGUUUUUUGGCGAAGUUCUAGAUUCUACCUUAGCGUCGGUAUGCAGAGGCAGCCCAUACCACCGGCUAGAAGUCACAAGCAGAAAAUUGAACACAGUGGCUGGCUUCGCAAGCAGGGUGGGCGAUAUAGAAACUUGAGGUCAAGAUGGUUUGAACUUAAGGGAGAUCAGCUGUAUUAUUUCAGGGAUAAUAAUGAACCAAAGACACCCAUUGCUUCCAUUCCUUUGCCAGGGAAUGAAGUUGUUAGAUAUCCACUGGAUCCUGGAGAGCCCGGAAAAUUCAAAUUUGAAAUUGUUUCCGGCAAAGACAAGGAAGGCCGACCAGUUUCAAGUAACCAUGAUACCUUUGUUUUGAUUGCCUCAUCCCAGCAAGAAAUGGAUGAAUGGAUACGAGCCAUAAAUAGGAUUAUUUAUGCACCUGUAGGAGGGGGAAUGUUUGGUCGAAGUUUGGCUGAAACUGUGAGGUUUGAAACAAGACGUGGUGGAGGAUAUGUGCCUUUCAUUGUACAAAAAUGUGUAGAUUUCAUUAGGGCAAAUGGUUUAUCAGAGGAAGGACUAUUCAGAUUACCUGGACAGGCAAAAAAUGUGGCAGAAUUGAAGGAUGCCUUUAAUAGAGGAGGGAGUCCAGAGCUUGAAAGUAACAAAGCUGAAGUGCAUUCUGUAGCAUCAGUACUGAAGUCUUACUUCAGAGAACUUCCAGAGCCACUCAUACCAUAUGACUACUUUGAAGUGUUUCUUACUGCUGCAAGAUGUUAUGAAAUGUAUGAGGAGGAUGGUAUUACUGCAAUACAAAAGCAGCUCAAAACACUUCCAAAGCCAAACUACAUCCUUUUAGUGUAUUUAUGUCGUUUUCUGUUUGAGGUUCAAGAACACAGCGAACAAAACAAGAUGAAUGUCAGAAACCUUGCAAUGGUAUUCGGACCAAAUAUCCUCCGGUCAGGGUCUGAGGACCCUCAGGUAAUGAUGGAGAGUACAAACCUUGUCACCGAGCUCAUCAGUAUUCUAAUCAGAAAACAUGAUCUGUUUUUCCCUGAAACGGAAGAUGAAGACCUUCACCCCAUGCGACAGCAUUCAGGGAUCCUAAAUCUGUGUGAUGGUGCUUUCCUUUACAGUGGUGAUUCAAAUCUGAUUGAUUUCAACUCUGAUUCCCCCCGGAUGCAGAGGUCACAGCCAAUCAUGAACUACCAGCCUGAGCAUGAGGAGGACAUAGCCGAAGAUCCACGAAGCCACAUCCAAGAGUUAGAGAAUGAAUUAGAACUCCAGCAACAGCAAAUUAAAGAUCUUCAGGUAAAACUUGAAAGCGCUUGCAAAGUUCAAGAGAUGUUGACAAUUCGGUUACAAGACGAGCUACGGGCAAGAGUGUCCGCUGAGGACCGGCUGGUAAAACUGCAGUCCGCUAUGGAAGAAUUCUGCGCUAAAUACGGAAGCUGGGAGCCGCCUCAGACAUGAAAAAGACUUUUGUGUUAAAUUAUCAUCUCAAAAGCCUGUACACAGUUCUCUCUGAUGUCAAUAGAUAUGUUACACAGUCGUCGAUAUCAGGGCAGGGACAGUAGCUUCGUAUUGGUGGUACAUUCUGUUUUAGAUUUCUGGACUGUUCUCAGUCUUUUUACCCUCCUCGCGCUUUUGCUUUGUCUUUCGCAUGCCGCCGCUCUAUCGAAUGCAAACCUUCGUUUGGUUAGUGGACACAGAAUGUUAUCGUAAAACCUUGUUUGUAUAUCCUGGGUUUUAUACAACUCUGUAAAGAUUUUAGGUGGGCCUAUAAACUUGAAGGGGGGAAGCAGACAUACUGUAAUAGAUUUAUCACUAUAUUAGCAAAUGUUAGUAUACUAUGAUAUACUAACAUUUAUUCCACGAGUGCGCGUUGAAUAUAAGAGGAUAGAUAUUCAACGAGGUACUAGGCGCCUCUUUGGCUCUAAUCAUUUCAUAUCCAACAAGCGCGAGUGGAAUGAUUGUUUCAUUAUAAACGCCCCAAAAUAUAGACAACUAAAAUCAAAUACAAAUAAAAAUGAUGCAUACGCUUACCAUAUUUGUAGAGAAUGGUAUCAUAGUUAUGCAAUACUUUCUCGUGGUAUACCACGGAAUAAUAUCCCACUUGUCACAAAGGUUUCUGUGUAUACCGAGAAAAUAAUCGUGAUGACUCGUGGGUUAUUCCAUGAUAAACCAUUCGAAAACGUUACAUAACUAGUAUAUGUUUGAUUUAUAUGAUAUAACACAAUAGCAUGAAUUACACUAUUCCAGCAUGUAUUUUAAUUUAUAAAAUAACUGAUAUACUACGCGCUUUCAUUAGUCCAUAGGUGUGUUCAGAUGAGAGUAUGUAAACACGGCUGUGACGUUUUAGAAUCGCGCGUAUUUUUGAAAAUAUUUUAUAAAAGCAAUAGAGUACUUUUUCCGUGGUUACAUAGCCCCAUUUAAAUACUUGAGGGGUUGGGAGAAUUCUCGAAAAUUAUGUAAACUCUCGACUGCGGGUUUGCAUAGCCGUCUCGAAUUCUCCCAACCCUCUUCGUGUUUAGACGAGGCUACGUAAACACGGAAAAAGUGCUCUAUUGCUUACAUACAAUAGCAUGAAUUACACUAUUCUAACAUGUAUUUGAUUACCGCAUAUAACCAGGAAUAAAAUCAUUUCGGAAUUAGCUAAUAAGGCAAGAGUCGAGAUAACUGUUCUUACGCUGUUUUUAAGAUGAUUCGUCCAUUUAAUGAACUUAAAGCUUCUUUACCAAAGGGAACUCGACCGGUUCAAUCGUUAUAUUGGCAUAUCUUUUAGGCCUGUAAUCGGAGUUGGAGAUGAUAGGGGGGUGGGAUUUUAACUGGAAUUUUACGGUAUUCAAUAAACCGCGAUAGUUAGAUUUACAAUUUAUUACGAUCUGCGUUUGAGGAAUUAAAGAAAUGUACAUUUCAUACAUUUUUUCUCGUCGUUUCAGAAGAAAAUCUUAUUUUAGAUCAUAUUGUAACUAUUUUUGUACAUUAAAGUGGCCUAACUCCUGA